UGCGGGCGGCACUGAUCCAGCCGCUGACCUCACCGCGCACCAUUCGGCACUCACCUUCCUGCUCGAUCCAUCUCUUGGCCAUAUCCACCGUGCAUUAUACUAUGUCCAUGCGCUCUCCCUCUAACCCCAAGUGGACCUGAUAUAAAGGGGAGGCCAGUUGAUCGAGGGGAAGGAAUCAAACGAGCUAGCUGACUAUUAAUUUCUUCCUCCUCUCGAUCGAUCGAGCAUUCAGGCUCGAUCCCUUUCUGUCUCCUCGACAGCGGGAAGCUAGCUACUAGCGACCAUGUUCAUGUUCGGCAGGAACAAGAAGCUGGAUGGCCAACACCAGCAGCAGAUCACCGGAUGCGGCGGCGCGGCGCCGGCGGCGGCGAUGAGGAAGGGCCCCUGGACGGAGGAGGAGGACGCGCAGCUGGUACGGUUCGUCCGCCUGUUCGGCGAACGCCGAUGGGAUUUCUUAGCAAAGGUGUCAGGUCUGAGGCGCACCGGCAAGAGCUGCCGCCUCCGGUGGGUCAACUACCUCCACCCGGACCUCCGCCGCGGCCGCAUCACCGCCGACGAGGAGCGCCUCAUCGUCCAGCUCCACGCGCAGUGGGGCAGCAGGUGGUCGCGCAUCGCCAGGAGCCUCCCCGGCCGCACCGACAACGAGAUCAAGAACUUCUGGAGGACGCGCACCAGGAAGAAGGCGCUCGAGGAGAGGCAGCACAGCAGCGGCAGCAACAAGACGGCGGCGUCGCCUCUUUCCUCUAUGACGACGGCCUCCUGCUGCCCGGGCUCUCCGAACAGCGGCGCCGACACGCAGUCCUCGUCGGCUGCGCCGUCCGGCGACGAUUCAGCGAUCCGUGAAGGCAGCGGCGGCGACGACGCCGAACUCGAGGAGGCGUCGACGGCCACCGCCGCGGCGAGCCAGCACGAGGAGCCGCAGGAGUACUGCUGCACAGUGGACCAGCUGUGGACCGAGAUCGCGGCAGCCGAUGCGGCGGCGAGCUACGUGCUCGACGGCUGGGGAUCUGGCCAUUGCUAUUAUAGCGCUGCCGCUGAGCCACCGCCGAUGCCGUCGUCGCCGGUGUGGGAGUACAGCUCGGAUUAUUCGCUCUGGAGGAUCGAUGACGAAGAAUACUACAGGGAGAUGCUCGACGCCUCCUGAAUCCUGAUCCAUCCAUCUUCUUGUAUACUUUCAUGUAUAUGCUUGCUGGUAGAGACAGAUUGUCUGAAUGCUCUGCACCGGGAGUUUCCACAUCAGUAAUAAUCAGUUGUGUAAGAGAAAAAUUAAGAGCGAUGAUGAGCAAGGUAGAUCAUGGUGAUGAGAGAACUGUACUUGUGAUUGAUGGUAGCUGAAGUAGUAUGAUUGUCUGAAUAUAUUGUUGCAUGCGUUGUCUGAAACUCUGAAUCACAUCUCACAGGGUGCUUUUGUAGCCUGUAAUUUCUCGA